AUGGAAGUCCCUUUGAUUCAAAUUGACGAUGAUGAUGAUCAACAACAAUAUUUGAAUGAUCAAAAUGGUGUACUAGUUGAAAUUAAUGAAGAGGAUGUUGAAGAUGAAGAAGAGCUUGAAUUAGACUCAGAAAGCGAUGAGGAAUGUGAUGAUGUAUAUGAUAGAUGCGAGGCAACGGUCGCAGGGGAGGUUCCGUCACGAUCCACUGGGAGGUUGACACCAGAUCCGGAGGGGUCUACUACUUUAACACAGCAUCGAGCUACACCUCCACCUCCACCUCCACCGCCACCACCUAUUACCCCAUCUUCUGAGCCUGCAAUUGGAUCAACCUCUGGUCAUGAAGGUCAUUCAGUUGGGGCAGCACCAAUAUCAUCGAUGGAUGGCCUAUCACUCACUACAUUUGGAAGAAAGAAACGAAUAAAGCUCAUUAAUGGCACGUUACAUCCAUCUGAGGAAUGUGCUAAGAAGAUGAAGAAUAUCUUCAAGGAGAGGAUGGACCCAGAGGGGCACUGUUGGAAAACUAUCACGCCUGAAACAAAAGAGUUUUACUGGGAUGAAUUUCAGAAAUACUUUGAUUGGCAAGAGGUGACUCCACUAGUAAAGGAAGCUUGGAGGCCUAAGGUUACAGAGCGCUACAAGGCGCUAAUGUGCAAUGUCAGGAAAGGAAAAUCCAAGGUCAUCGUGCCUAAUAGUACAAUGCAAAAAUGGAAGGAGGCAUGGAGUAACCCAGUGUUUAAAGCCAAGAGCCAUCAGUUCACUACUAACCGCUGUAGUGAGAUAGGGGGAGUUGGGCAGGCAUCUCUAGACACACAGGGGGUUCAGUUUCACAUGCUACUCACGCAGAUAGAAUGGUAA